AUGUCUUUCAAUUACAAUGAAAAUGUUGAGCAAAAGGUUUUGGAACUUAAAAAUCCAAAUUUGAGUAGCCUACUGCAAAAUUUGACAGGUCUAGAAGUUCUUGAUCUCAGUUAUGUAAACAUCUCAUCCAUAGUACCCAAUUUCCUUUCAAACUUCACUUCUUUGACAUCACUAUUUCUUUUGAAUUGCGGGUUGCAUGGAGAAUUUCCUGCAACCACUUUUCAAUUGCCAAAUCUAAGAUAUCUUGAUGUAGGAUCCAAUAGGAAUCUCAAGGGUUAUUUGCCUGAAUUCAAACAUAAAAGUCCUCUUAAAGAAUUGAUACUUAGUAAAAGUGGAUUUUCUGGAAUCCUACCUUCCUCAAUCCAAAUGCUUGAUUCAUUGGAUCUAUUAGAUGUUGAUGGCUGCAAUUUUUCAGGUAAUCAUAUGACUGGUCCAAUCCCACCUUGGCUAGGAAACCUCACCAAACUAAAUACACUCCUACUUGGACAUAACCAAUUCUAUGGUCUUGUUCCACAAUCAUUAUCUGACAUCAUCAACCUUGAGACUCUUUAUCUACGUGCUAACAAUUUAAGUGGCAUUUUGAAAUUUGACAUGUUUUUUGGCAUGAAAUUUCUCACGAAUCUAACCCUGGGUGAAAAUAGUUUGUCCGUAUUCAUUAUGAAGGGAAACAAAAAUGCAACAAGUUCAAAAUUCAAGAGGUUGGAAUUGGGUUCAUGCAACUUGAAUACAUUCCCUAAUUUUCUUAGGCAUCAGAAUGAACUCGAGGUGUUGGUACUUCAUAAUAACAAGAUAAGGGGUGAAAUACCUGAAUGGAUGUGGAAUACAAGUAUAGACACUUUUCGUCUCUUGAACAUUGCCAACAACUUCUUAACAGGCUCUCAACCUGCAAUUCUUCCUUGGGUUAACUUGCAAGUAUACAUUGUUUCAUUUAACAUGUUGCAAGGAGUACUACCAAUUCCUCCCCCAUCCAUCUUGAGUUAUAAUGCAUCAAAUAACAUGCUAAGUGGAGAAAUCUCACCUAUGUUCUGCAAUCCAAGCUAUCUAUACUUUUUUGACAUGUCUGAUAACACCUUGACUGGUACAAUUCCAAAAUGUUUUGGAAACUUAAGCUAUUCUUUGGAUGUGUUGAGAUUAAGAAACAAUUUCUUUCAGGGCACCAUUCCUAAAAUAUGCAGCAACAGUGCAAGCAACUUGAGAAUAAUUGAUCUCGGUUACAAUAAGUUGCAGGGGCAGCUACCACGAACAUUGUCCAAUUGUAUGAUGCUUGAAGGUAUUGUUGUCUCGAACAAUCAACUUAGGGAUGUUUUUCCAUCUUGGUUGGGAUCUCUUCCGGUGUUGAAGAUUCUCAUACUGCAGCAUAAUGGGUUCUACGGUGUGAUUGGGCAACCCCAAAACUACUUGGAGUUCCCCAAGUUGCAAGUAAUUGAUAUCUCUUUUAAUAAUUUCACAGGUGAAUUGCCAUCAGAUUUGAGUGUAAUGUUGAUAUGGUGA